GGGUUUCAUUUUUUUUCCACACACGCUCUCUCUCUCUCUCUCUCCCCAUUCGCUUCUUCUCAAACCCUCUAGCCGCCGCCGCCGCCGCUCCGGGCUUAGACCUCGCGCGCCUUGAAUCCGGGCUGAGCCAUGGGGAUGCAGCAAUCCGGGAGGAGAGAGUCGUAGCGAGAAAGGGUUAGUUCCCCAGUCCCCCAACACACCACAUACACAGCCCGCGAACCUUUUUGAGCGCCGCCGUCCGCCGUCGCCAUGGCGACCCUGAACCCCUUUGACCUCCUCGGCGGCGACGACAACGACGACCCCGCGCAGCUCCUGGCCAAGGCCGCGGUCGCGGCGCAGAAGGCUGAGGCGAAAAAGCCGGCGGCCGCCGCCGCUGGGAAGGGCGCGCAGCAGACGGCCGCCGCCAAGCUCCCCACCAAGCCGGCUCCACCUUCGCAGGCUGUCAUGGAGUCUCGCGGUGGUGGUGCACCCUCACGAGGAGGAUUUGGUCGCGGUGAACGUGGCUUCAACAGAGGCGGGCGAGGGUAUGGUCAGAACCGCGACUUCGGCAGUGAAGACACGAAUGGCUACAGGGGAGGAUAUGGUGCCAGAGCUGGAGGUGAAGAAGGCGCCCAGGACAGAGAGAGGGGCCCUCGGCCACCCUACCAGGGAGGCCGUCGAGGUGGGUUCCGCGAUGGUGAGUUUGGUGAUGAUUCUGAGAGGCCACCCCGAAGGAACCAUGAGCGCCAUAGCGGUACAGGCCGCGGGUAUGAGAUGAAGCGUGAGGGUGCUGGCCGUGGGAACUGGGGAACUACCUCUGACGAAUUUCUUGCCCAGGAAACAGGGGAGACCCUGAAGCUGGAUGAGAAGACCCCUAUUCCUGAGAAGCAGGGUGCACUAUUAACGGAGGAUGCACCGCAGGCCGAGGAGAGCAAGGUCAGCAAAGAGGCCACUGUCAACGAGGAAGAAGAAAAGGAAGAAGAUAAGGAGAUGACCCUUGAGGAAUUUGAGAAAGUAUUGGAGGAGAAGCGGAAAGCGCUUCUUGCUUUGAAGUCUGAAGAGAGGAAGGUUGAAAUUGAUAAGGACCUGCAGGCUAUGCAACAACUUUCCACCAAGAAAGGAAAUGAUGAGGUUUUCAUCAAACUGGGUUCUGAUAAGGAUGCUCUGAAGAAGAAAGAAAAUGCUGAACGUGAUGAGCGUGCUAAGAAGUCUGUGAGCAUCAAUGAGUUCUUGAAGCCUGCUGAAGGAGAAAGGUUCUAUGGUGGCAGAGGCCGUGGCAGGGGACGUGGCGGUGACCGUGGAGGCUUCAGGGGUGGAGCUGGUGGUGGUGGUUAUCGUGGCCCACCUGCUGCUCCAGCAAUUCAAGACCAGAACCAGUUCCCAACUCUUGGUGGGAAGUGAAAAAAAAAUCUGCAUGUACCAUCUCAAUUCUAAAGUAUCUUUACGAUUUCGUCUACUGGCAACUUUAAUUUUGUUCUCCCAUAUAAUUUCAGUCGUACUUCUAUUCAAGACAAAUAAUUGUGCUGUAUCUGGAUUAUUCACCCCUUGUGUCAGUCGACUUUGUAAAUCCGAGUUGUUCGUCACUUGUGAGAAUUUUGUAGUGCUAUUUUCUUUACCCUCCACAUCACUAA